AGACCGGCAGCGGGCUCUUCUACCUAUGGCAAAUGUGGCCAUGAUUGACUAUACUUUGGAGUUCCUAACAGCAACUGGAGUGGAAGAAACCUUUGUUUUCUGCUGUUGGAAGUCAGCUGAGAUAAAAGAGCAUUUACAAAAAUCCAAGUGGUGCCGCCACACGUCUCCCAACACGGUGCGCUUUGUGACUUCUGACCUGUACCGCUCCCUUGGUGACGUGCUACGAGACGUUGAUGCCAAGUCCCUUGUUCGUUCCGACUUCAUUCUUGUCACUGGAGAUGUAGUGUCCAAUUUCAAUAUAUCCAAAGCCCUGGCAGAGCAAAAGUUGCGUCGUAAGAUGGAAAAGAAUAUUUCUGUGAUGACGAUGAUAUUCAAGGAGUCCUCACCUGGUCAUCAUGCCAGGUGCAAAGAGGAUGACAUUGUUAUUGCUAUGGACAGUGCCACAAACCGUGUCCUUCACUACCAGAGAACCCAGGGGCUGAAACGCUUCCGCUUUCCUAUGAGUCUGUUCCAGAACUCUAUUGAGAACGUUGAGGUGCGCCAUGACUUGCUAGAUUGUCAUAUCAGCAUCUGCUCUCCACAGGUGGCUGAGCUGUUCACAGAUAAUUUUGACUACCAGACACGGGAUGACUUUGUGCGUGGUCUGUUGGUGAAUGAGGAGGUCCUGGGGAACCAGAUCCACAUGCAUGUAACGACGGAAGAGUAUGGUGCCCAUAUAUGCAACCUGCUAAUGUACGAAGCUGUGUGCUCUGACAUCAUCCGGCGCUGGGUUUAUCCUUUGACUCCAGAGAUGAACUUCACCGAUGACAAGAAUCAGAGUUACACCCAUUCUAAACACAACAUUUACCGGGGGGUGGAUGUUAGCCUCGGCCACGGCAGCGUGCUGGAAGAGAACGUACUCAUUGGGCAGGGAACGGUCAUCGGCAGGAACUGCUCCAUAACAAACAGCGUUAUUGGGCAGAACUGCAGGAUAGGUGAUAAAGUCAUUUUGGACGGAGCUUUUCUCUGGGACAGAGUACACAUAGCAGAUAACGUGGAGAUCUGCCAUUCCGUUAUCUGCAAUGAAGCUGAAGUGAAGGAGAAAGUAAAGCUAAAGCCCCACUGUGUCCUCUCUUCUCAGGUAGUAGUAGGUCCUGGCAUCACUCUUUCUGAGGGCACAGUGAUCUCUCUGCACCCACCAGAUGAGGAGGAAGAGGAUGAUGACCAAUUCAGUGAUGAUUCUGGCGUGAACAAGGAGGAAAGCAAAGUGAAGCUGAAAGGUUACAGUAAAAAGGAUGUAGGCUCAGAGGGCAGAGGCUAUCUCUGGAAAGCAGAUGACAGGAAUGAAGAGGAUGAAGAAGAGCAGAGACAAAGCCUAUGGGGCCCAGCUAUGCAUUCAGAGGAAGAGACCGAGUCGGACAGUGACCUGAGCAUGGGCUCUGAGGAGCCAGACAGUCGGGCAGCGUCUCCUCAGCUAGAUGACAUCAAAGUUUUCCAGAAUGAGGUUCUGGGUACCUUACAGAGGGGCGAAGAAGAAAACAUUUCCUGUGACAACCUGGUCCUGGAAAUCAACUCCCUCAAGUAUGCAUAUAACAUUGGCCUGAAGGAGAUGAUGCAGGUGCUCAGUAAAGUGAUCCUGGAGUUCCCACUGCAGCAGCUGGAUGCAAACCUGGACUCCCAGAAUUAUUUCUCAGCGUUACUUCCUCUGUUGAAGAACUGGACGCCAUUGUUUAAGAACUACAUAAAACGGGCGUCAGAUCACUUGAAUGCCUUAUUUGCCAUUGAGGAAUUCUUCCUGGAACAUGACAGUCUCUGCACAUCGAUAGCUAAAGUGUUGAUGACAUUUUACCAGCUGGAAAUUCUGGAAGAAGAUGUAAUUCUCAAUUGGUUUUCUUUGCGGGACACGUCUGACAAGGGAAAGCAGCUUCGUAAAAACCAGCGGCUCCAGAAGUUUAUCCAGUGGCUGGAGGAGGCAGAGGAAGAGUCGUCUGACGGCGACCAAGACUGACAUGGUAGCUCGGCGUGAGAAGAGGCACUCUCACUGCCUUUCCGGGCCAAGUGGGCAGGGCAAGAUCAAUGCCAGUGCAUGGUGUGUAGAUGUGGGGCCUGACAUCGAAGUGACUGACAAUCCCAUCAUUAAUUAAGUUGUGUGUUCCCAACUUUGCCACUUCCAUCCCUCCCUCACUUGCCCGGUGGCACCUUAUGUUGGAUGGUUGCAGCCCAGUGUAAAACCAUAAGGAAAAAGCAGGAGGUAGUGAAACCUAGAAUCCCUCUGGAGCCUAGAUAUGAUGUACUAUAAGCUAUCUUUUGGGAGGUCCGUGUUACUAAUACAAAGGGAGCAAACAGAUGCAAAUGCAUACAGCGCCCUUAUAAAUCUAAUGAUCAGGGUUGUGGGAGAAUGGUCAUACAGCUGAGUUAUUUGGAGUCAUUGUUGCUUCUG